GGGAAACAUGACCGGGGGCAGCAUAUCUUAUUAGGAUAAAUAUUUAAGCAAAAUGUUCAUUUGUAGUUUGUUCGUUAUUAAGAAUUGGUUUAUCAUUAACACCAUUUAAAAUAAAUUUAAUGAAGUGAAACGCUAUAUUAUUUUAUUUUCAAAACUAACUAAAAAGUACCAACGCAAAAACGAAAUACAUGAGACAAACGAGUGUACAAUAAAUAAAUACCUUCGUGGAUUUGACGUUUAAAUUAAUGUCUUAUCAGCGAACGGCUGUGCACUAUCCUACUCGACUACUCAAUUGGCGAUGAUUAAGGUAAAAAAAGCUGUUCAGCCAAUAACGCAAUUAAAACCACUUUGGUCGUGGUUUGGCCGAUUAGGCAACGCGCCUAUUGUAAUAUUGUCUACAAUCGAUAAAAUAAUAAUAAUGAAUAAUGAUAAUAAAAAUGCUCAGAAAAAUCUAUUUUAAGCAAUUUGCUAAAAAGCAAUUAGUUAAUUACCGAAAAUGUUAUAUUAUUUAAUAAUGUAUUUUAUCAUAUUAAUUUGUUGUAGGUAUAUGUCAAAAGCUUUUAUUAUUUUUUUAAUUACAGUUUUCAUUUAAUAAUAUUGUACACCAUACUUAUAUAUACAUCAGUAUAUAACUCAACAGGACUUGAAAGCUCAACGGCCAUCAUUAUGGGUUAUAGCCUUAUAACUUAAAGACGAAUUUGCUAAAGAGGAGAGAUGACCUCUUAAUAUUAAAAUGGUUAUAUACGAAAUAUCUGUUUUUCGAUAGACCUGAUAAUAAUAAAAAGAAAGUACUGUCUUUUCCUAUAUUUUUUAGUGAUGCUUAUCACUUAUCAGGUAUCAUUAUCACUUAUCUAAAUAUUAUUCAAAUAAGAUAAUUAUUUAUUAAUUAUACCUAUUACUUUAAAUUACAACCACAGAAUAGGACAAUAGAACAAUAAUUACAACCGAGUGUGAGAAGUCACUGAAUGGCCGAGUACUAAGUAGAGCAAUUCCAAGUUUCUGCUUAGGUUAUAUUAUACGUUAUACGUAUACAUACUUACUGACGUAACUUGACAACGGGAUUCUCGAUUUUCAAUUGUAAGUAACUAUACACCUACAUUUUUAUAAACAACAUAAUAAAUAUUUGUUAUAACCGGCACAACUAUAUUUAAUACAAUAAUACAAUUGUUUAGAUAAAUCAAAAUAGCAUUAUGGCUUUCACCCCUGGAACAGCCAUAUCACCAUCAGUCGAUAUUGAGUUAUCUUUAGCUUGCAGGUAAUAAAAUGUAUUUCUAAAAUAAUUAACAUGCCAAAUAAUUCAUUACCCGAUAAAAUUGAUUAUUAAAACAAACUUAAAUAUUAAUAAAGUACUUUUAUAACAUUUAGGUAUGUAUAACAGAUAACUAUAUAAACAAAUUAUACGCAUAGGCAUUAUAUAUAUAUAUAUAUGCAAUAUGGUAAAGUAAUUUUUUUGAAAUGUAUCAUAGAUAAGUUUUAUAUUUAUUGUUUCUUAAAAAAGUAAUAAUAGCUUAAAAGUUGCAAAAGUAUGUAGGUUAUACAUUACAGAUCAUCAUAACCAGACACCGGUUUUAUAUGCUCUUAAAAUCCUCAAAAAACCGCUUAUAAACUCAGAAAAAGACUUGAAGAAGCACUUAAAAAAUAUUAAACAAGUGAAAUGAAUAAUGUGUUUAAAAGUCCUUCCUCUAGGGACUCAAACUUAUUCAAUUGGUUUUACCUAUGAGUAGAGUUACAAGAUUACAGCAUGUUUAAUAUUGAAUAUUAUUUUUGUUAACAUUCAAUUAUUAAUUGAGUGGUUUGUUGCAGUUCGCAUUUUCUACACUUGAAUAAUUUUUUUUUUAAAUAUAUACUUACAAAAUGCUGACAAAUUUGUCAAGUAGUUUUCUGAACAUAGGCGUCCAUUGGGUGGACAAGGAGAGGACGUGUUCCCUCUGGCUUUUCCAUGUCAAUUAUACAUUUAAAAUAAUAUAUUUUUUUUGAAUUAAUACUAACCCUUUUUUUUUACACUUAUUUGUUUGAAAAAAUAGGUACAUUUAAUAUAGUUUAUGAUAUUUAAAUUAUAAUUGCUUAUUUUGAUAAAAUUUUAGUCAUUAACAUCUAAACUUUAGUCAUAACAUAUGUAUAAUAAGAAAUAAUAACAUAUUUUUUUUUUUUUUUGUCUGAGAAUAUUAUGCUAAAACUUAUUUUAAAUUAAUAAUAAGUAAAUAUUUAUUGUAAAAGAAUACUAUAAUUCAGGUAUAAUUGAUGACCAAUCUUUUUUUACACAUAAAAAAUUUUUUUUUGGCAGGCCAAGAAUUUAAACUUUUACUUUUAAGUUAGUUUAAAUUUUAAUAUGAAUUUUUGAAAUUUGAAGUUAUUUUUUUUUUUUCAAUUUUGAUUUAAUACUUUGGUGGGCCAGUUAAUAAAUAAUUAUGGACCUUAAUUGGUCAAUACUGCUAUAAUCUAAGGAUAGACCCAAUACAUUAGAAAAAAAAAUUAUGUGUAAUAUUUUUUUUAUGAUGGUGGCUAAUACUAAAUGGGCGGCUAAAAAUAUAUUUGUCUAGGAGGGCAAAAUACCUUGACCAGUCAUGACUAUAAUAUUAAAUUAAAUAUUGUGUUAAAUACAUAAUCAAAAAAAUAUUUUAAUUUUAGUAAGUAUCUAAAUAACUGUGUUUUUUAGAGGAUUAUCUGGAUCAGAUGUUUUAUCGAAAUCUGAUCCAAUGUGUGUAACAUAUGUACAACCAUUUGGUCAAAAUAAAUGGAUGGAGUUUCAUCGUACUGAAAGUGUGAAAAAUAAUCAGGAUCCAAAUUUUGUUUCCAAAGUAUUGAUUAGCUAUAAAUUUGAAGAAAAACAGUCUCUAUUAUUUGAAAUCUAUGACACAGACUCAAAAGACACAGACUUGUCGACACAUGAUUUUCUUGGAACUAUUCAGACUAAUCUAGGACAACUUGUUGCUAACAAACGAGUAAGAUAAUCUUUGAUAAACAGAAAAUUUUAUAUAGAUUUGUUAAUUAUUUAUUAUUCAUUAUUAAUAAAUAAUUACUAUUGUAAAUUUAGAACAAGUUACAAUUGAAAGAUCGUGCUGGUAAUUUAAAAAGUAGUUAUUUAGUUAUAACAGCAGAAGAAUUAGGUUUGGAUAGAGAUCAAGUAAUUUUAGAAAUGAGUGGAUUUAAAUUAGACAAAAAAGAUUUCUUUGGUAAAUCUGAUCCAUUUUUGGAAAUCUAUAAACUUACGGACACCGGAAAUUACACAUUAGUACAUAAGACUGAUGUAAGUAACACAUUUUAAUAAUAUAAUUAUAUAUAUAUUAUUAAUAUAUUUUUAAAGUUGUAUUUAAUAUUUUCUUAUAGGUAAUUAAAGAUACACUCACUCCUCAUUGGAAAAAGUUUAAUAUUUCAGUUCGAGCAUUGUGUAAUGGAGAUUAUGAGCGGGAUUUAAAAUUUAUUUGUUUUGAUUGGAAUUCUAGUGGCGACCAUAGCCUAAUUGGUGAAUUUCAUACCACUCUCAAAGGUCUCUUAGAUCCUAAUGCUGCAUUUAAAUGUAUAAACGGAAAAAAAAAAGUAAACAGUUAUUUUUCUGAUAGCAAUUUUAAUUAUGAUAAUUUAGAGGAAGUUGAAUUAUUAUAAAAUAUUUUUAGGAGAAAAAAAAAGAUUAUAAAGAUUCUGGGGAAAUUCGAGUGGAUUAUAUAAACAUACAGGCAACCUACACAUUUUUAGAUUACGUUCAAGGAGGUACAGAAAUAUUUUGUACCGUUGCUAUUGAUUUUACAGGUAAAAUGAUUUCAUUAUUUCUAUAUUGUUUAUGUAUAUACAACAGUGAUAUUUUGUUAAUAUAUAUAACUUAUAAAAUAAACUUUUUUGGCAUAUAUUUAAAUUAAUAUAUACUGUUACUAAACUAUUUAUUAGAAAAUCAAGCGGUAGAUAAUACCCUGAUUCUUAGAUUAAUAUAAAGUGUACCCUAGUGGGUGUCUUUCCAUUAGCGACAGCCUCAUUUUUUUAAUAUUUCUACCACAGAGUAUCAAUAAACUCAGUGUUUUACUCCUUGUAAAUAUAGUAAUAUAUGUAUCCAUAUAAUCUAAUAUUAUGUAUCUUUUUUUAUAAUAAUAACAUUAAAUUAUAAUUUAUGAUUUCUAUAAAAAAAAACCUUUGUAUAAUGCAAAAUAUGAGGAAGACAUAUUAUGUUUUUGGAUUAAGUACUGUUGUAUAACACAAAGUAUAGGUAAAAAAAUAAUGUGAAACAGUAAUACUACAGUUAUAUACAGUUAAAAUAAAGUAAACAUUAUAAACUAUUAAAUAAAAAAUAAGGAAGUAGUAUAUUAAGAAAUUGAUAUCAAAGAAAUAAAUAUAAAAUGUUCAAACAGGAACUUGAUGAUGUUUGACUGUUUAUGAUUUAAAAUUAAGUUUUUAUUUAUAUUAUGUGUUUAACUUUCAUUUGUAAUUUGAAUUAGUGUAUAUACUAGCUGUGUGAAGGAGUGUAUAUAAUAAGGUCAUGUAUAAAGAUAUCUUUAUUAUCUGUAGUCAUUAGUGCAAUUAUGUAUUCAUUAAGUUUUCAUGCUACUACCACUCGGCAUUUUGCAUACCACAGUUUGAGAAUCACUGAUCUAUGAUCCAGACAAUUCUUUGAUCAUUGCCUAAUGUAAACCUAAUCUUACCCAUAAUCUGUAUAUUUAUAGAGUUUUACUAAAAAUAAUUCAACUCUUAUUUAAAUAUAAUAAUUUAUAAUUUAUAUUUUGAUCAUUAUAGUCUGAAACUUAAAUGUAAUAUAAAACACAAUUAAGAGUUAGAUCUUAGCAGACAUAGUUUGUUGCUUAAAUUCUCAGGUAGACAAGAUAAAAGAAAGCAACAAAAUAUAAUAAUGAAUAAAUAUAUUCAAAUUACUCCAAGUUAUUAAUGGAUGUUAUUUCUUGUUAUAUUUUAAUUUGUAUGAAAAUAUUAUAUUUUUAAACAGGAUCCAAUGGUAAUCCUUCAAAACCAACUUCUUUACAUUUCAUUGAUCCUACAAAUAUGAAUAGCUAUGAACAAGCUAUAUGGAGUGUUGUUUCUAUAAUUGAAGACUAUGAUUCUGAUAAACAGUUUGCUGUGUUGGGUUUUGGUGCUAAAAUUCCGCCUCAUGGACAAGUAUCUCAUGAAUUUUUUGUCAAUAUGAAUCCCCAAAAUCCACAUUGCUUUGGUGUAAGAGGUAAAUAUACUAAAACUCCAAAAUCAAAUGUAUUAUUGAUUAAUGAUAAUAUUUAUAUUAAUUAUCGUAUUUAUAAAAUAUAUGUAUAAAUCUGUUUAGGUGUGUUGGAUGCAUAUCGUACUUGUAUUAAUCAAGUGCAAUUAUACGGACCUACAAAUUUUGCGCCUGUUAUCAAUCAUGUGGCUAAAAUAGCCCAAAGUCACCAAGAUGGAAGCAAAUAUUUUAUUUUACUUAUUUUAACUGACGGAGUUAUUACUGACAUGCCAGAAACCAUUCAGGUAAAAUAGUUUGUUUCAUUAACUUAAUAAAUAUGAGAAAAAAAAAUUGCCUCUUUUGGAUUAUUUUAGAGUGAUAUUUUGGUAUGAACGUCAUUUUUCUAAACUAGUUUGGUUUAGCUAAAAAAUUUUUAAUAUAAAUAAAUCAAUCAUUUAGGAAACUGUGUUAUUGGGUGUAACAGAAUAGAGAUAAUAAAAAGUUGAUAUAUAAAUUAAUGCAAAUAAAUCAAAAUUGUUUUAUUGAUUUGAAUUUUGAGUAGACAGUUUCUAAUAUUUGUGUCCUGGGAAAUACUGAAAUGACAAUUGACACUUCAAUUAUUAUGUAAAAAAUAAAAUGUAUAAUAUAUGAAAUACAGAGGGUCCCAUCAUGUUCUAUACAUUUAUUCACUGCUGACCAAAAGUUUGGAAACACAGUUAAAAAGAGAUCUACUUCUGAUGUAAUUGUAAAUGUGUAAAUUUGUAUGCAUUUUUUGAAAAAUUAAUUAAGUUAUUUAGGACAUAAUACAACAACAAAAAAAUAUAUACAGCGUGUCCCAGACAUCAUCGUUACAAAAAAUUUUUAAAAAAAAACGUAUUAAGAUUAAAUUUUUUUUUCAUUGAAAAAGCCACACUUACUUUUAAAGACUGCUCUCACCAACCAUGUCAUUCUUUCAAUCAGCUUAUCUAUUGUAUCCUGUUCCAAGGAAGCCUAUGUCUUUUUUAAUUGCUCCCAUAAGUCUGCAGCGAAAGUUGGACACAAUGUUCUUAUUUUUUAAUUAAGAUCUUCCCACAAAAGUUCAAACGGGUUGGGGUCUGAUGAUUGCGGUGACCAUUUUAUAUUUUAAAGGACACCAACUAUUUCUUUCCGCUCUAAAUAAUUGCGUCAGAGGACCGAAGUGUGUUUGCCAAAGUGUUUGGGUCAUUUUCAUGUUGAAAAACGAAACCAUAGCCAAUUUUUCUGAAUCCAGAGAGAAGUACAUAACGAAUAAGAAUUUGUUUAUAUUGGUCGUUUUUCAUAAUACCAUCAAUUUUGACUUAAUAUCACCGGUCUUACGGCCAGAAAAACAACCCCAUGCUAUAACUGAGUUACCUACAUGCUUUAAAAUAAACACUACACACUGUGGUAUCAUUUAUUCAAAUGCACUUCUUCUUACAUAAAUUCUACGUCUAGAGCCAAAUAUUUCAUACUUUGAUUCGUUACUCCAGAUUACAUUUUUCCAUUGAUCUAUCAUCCAGUUUUCAAGCUUUUCAACCUAUUGAAGUCUUUUUUUUUUAUUUUCUUAUGUAGCAACGGUUUUUUACUGCAAUACGUCUUUUAAGUCUGGCUGCCUUUAGUCUAUUUUUUCACAGUUGUUAGUGAUAUUGGCUUUUCAAAGGUUCUUUUAAUAUUGGCAUGAAUUUCAGUAGCUGUUAACCAUCUACAAUUUACCGUUUACAGGUAAACACUAUAUAUUUAUCUUCUUGAAAAUAGGUUACUUUUCAAAUUUCAGACAUCUGGUCCGAGAACGGUCGUGAUAACUGUCAGUGUCUUUAAAUGAAUUUAUUGUCGAAUACACACCUUUCAAUGAAAUUUUCAUAGUUUUGGCAAUUUUUUGGUAAAAGACACCUUCAUUAUAUAAUGCUAAAAUAACUACCGUUUUUAUCAAUAGGAAUUUCUUUAUGGUUUCCCAUGUAAAUAAAGUAGAAACUUGCUUUUCUGCCGUCUUUGAAACGUGAUAGAUGAAACUCAGUACUGAAUAAACACAUACACCGACUACUCGUCAGUCAGUGAUUAAAUAUCACUGACAAUUAAAAUCAAUUAAAUUUAUGUUUAAGUGUUGGAUAUUCCAUAAUAUUUUUAUAUGCUUGAUAAUCACCAUAUCUCACAUCACUACGAGUUUGUCACAAUUGCCAUUCAUUUUUUGAUAAUAUUAUGAAAACAAACUGACUAAUGAAAAUUCUAUGGUUCUUAUCACUUGUGUAUUACAAUUUUUUCAUGAGAUACUUGAGUGGACUUGACUCUGUAUUAUUAUAAGCAAACAAUAUGUAUUCUCCAAUGCAAAGUAUGUGUUUCCAAACUUUUGGCUGGCAGUGUAUAUCUCUGUUAAUAUUUAAUUUUGUUUUCAUUUUUAAAAAAAACUAUUCAUCAUACUUUUAUGUGUUAGAUAAUAAUUUUUAGAAUGGUAUUGUAAUAAAAUUAUUGAAUUAAAGUUCAAAAGUUAAUUUUUUUUUUAAUCAUUAAAGGAUUAUUAUACAAAUUUAAUUUUUCUUACAUACAUAGCCCCCUGAGAGAAAAUUGAUAAAAAAAUUUAAAAAUAUUGAAUAUUGACAGACAUAUAUAAAUCUGUUGAAUAUGGUUGGACAAUCUGUAUAAUAGUUAUGUAAGUUUAUAAGAAAACAAAUAAAUAAAUUUAUAUAAAGAAAUUAACAAAAUAAAAAGAAGAUUCAAAACUUAAUUAAAAGGUUGAUUAACCUAUUUGUUAUAAACUGAACUAGUUGUGUAGAAAACUCAAUUUAACUUUAUAUUUAUAUAAUACAUAAUUCAUUUUUUUUUUUUUUUUUAAUGUAUCAGUACAGUGGUUCUUAAUCUUUUUAGAACUACGACCCAAAUUUUCUCCCAAAAAUUUAUCACGACCCACAUGGUUUCACUUUACAAAAAGUAGUUAAUGAAAACAUUCGGGAAAAUCAAAAAAUGACCUCUGUAAAGUAUCACCCCAAUCAGAUUUCUUUACAUAAAAAAUGCUACACUUGAAAAUUUCAGUAAAAUUGCAGAUUGAAAAGUUGUUCACGGAUAAAACAAAUAAUAAUAAUAAAAAAAAAUAAUACAUUCUUUGCUCCACUCAGAAUCUAAAAACAUAAAUUCCUUGAAGUCUAUAUACUUCAAAACAACUUUCACGACUCACCAAAAAUUAACUAGGGACUCACCAGUAGGCCGCAACCCAUAGUUUGAGAUAUGUUGCACUAGUACUUGAGAGAAAUUAAGUACUUAUUGAUCUUGAGUAAACCUCAAAUAAAUACAAUUAGAUUUAGUUAAGUUGAAAAAACUGGUAAGUAUGUUUAGUAGGAAACAACCAAACAAAAAUAUUAAUUUAUAAAAUAAUACAUAUUUUUCAUCUAUUUAUCUUUUUAGGCAAUUAUUUUGUCAUCUUCAUUACCAAUUUCUAUUAUUAUUGUGGGAAUUGGGAAUGCAGAAUUUGAUGCAAUGGAGGAGUUGGAUGCUGAUAAAGGAGGAUUGAAAUAUAAUGGAAUCUAUGCAGCAAGGGACAUUGUGCAAUUUGUUGCAUUCAAUAGCUAUCAUAAUCUUGACCCUAAUAUAGCCCAUUUACAGUUAGCAAAAGAUGUAUUGGCUGAAGUGCCUAAACAAUUUAUGGAUUAUAUGAAAAUAAAUGGUAUUGUGCCUAAAAGAAGAGCCUCUCAAACAACUACACCGGAGAUAGAGAAUUUAAAAAUUCAAUGAACAAUUUAAAUUAUUUAAAAUAUAAAAGCUUAAAAUCAACUUUUUUUUUUUAAAUUUGGUGCUAUAAUUGCUUAUAUAUAUAUAUAUAUUUUUUUUUUUGUUUAUUAUUUAUGUAUUUUAUAUUAUAUUUUUUAUUAUUUACCUCAACAUAAUACAAUCAUUAUGGUCCCAACUUUUCAUAGUUUACAGGUUAAUUUAUAAACCUGUUGGAACACACUGUUAUAAAUUUUAAUUUUAAAUCUAAAUGCAAACAUAAUCUCAUAAAAUCAAUUUUGAGUAGAGCUUAACAAUAAUAUUUUUAUCCUGUUUUGAGAAUAUUUCAUAGGAUUUUAUUUUUUUUUACUGAGAAAAUAAAAAUAUAAUCUCUAUAAUGUCUUUUGUGUUUAGUCUAUUAUCUAUUUACAAUUUAAUUUUUCUGUCACAAAUUUAUUCUGUAAUACUAUCUCACUCUGCUCAAAAUUUGAAACAUGCAAAUAGUUAUGAAAUAUAUUUUACUCAUAUAUUGAAAUAUGUAGAUUGCAUUAGGUUUUCUUCCAAAAUUCAGCACUGUCCAAUCAAAACGAUAAUACUCAUUCCAAAACUUAACAUUUUGAUAAUUUUUGUUUGUUGAAUCUUGUUCCAAAAUUCAGUGUUGUCAGUGAAUUUUCCAUCGGAUCCAUCCUUAAAUUUUAUCAAUUGUUCUCAUGGUGUUUCAAAAUAUCAUAUUCUAUUAUUCAAUGCAAUCUAGAUAUUUUAGUAUUCAACAGCUUAUCAAAAACUUCAUUGUUUUGCUGAUUUUUGGAUGGCACAGUUAUUAUAUUAUAUUAUUGAUUCUAAUAUUUUUUUAUUUACUAACAAAUUAAAUUUAUAUUUAUGUACCCAAUUUUAUAUUGUCUAAAAAGUAUA